CUGUGGCGAGCCCAGACCACGGCCACACUGUCAGUGACUCACAGCCACACGCCGACAAACACGGGGCAGGUGUGUGGAUACAGCAGGGCUUUUCUCUCUACAGCGGCUCGGACAAACUGUGCAGCGCCUGGAUUUGUUCUCAUUUUUUUGCAUUCAAAACACCACCGUCAUGUUGUGGACAGCGAGUCAAGUGUUAAGGAAAUUCUCCACCUCGUCCCACUAUUACCAGAAUAAGCUAAAACUAGCUAUUAUUGGCCAGAGUCUGUUCGGACAGGAGGUUUACUCCAACCUGAGGAAGCAGGGACACAAGGUGGUGGGUGUGUUCACAGUCCCUGACAAGGAUGGCAAGGCUGACCCCCUGGCGGUGGCUGCAGAGAAGGACGGGACGCCGGUGUUCAAGUUCCCUCGGUGGCGGGUAAAGGGGAAGCCCAUCCCUGAGGUGGUGGACGCCUAUAAGUCAGUGGGCGCCGAGCUCAACGUCAUGCCCUUCUGCUCCCAGUUCAUCCCCAUGAACGUCAUCGACAACCCCAAGCACGGCUCCAUCAUCUACCACCCUUCCAUCCUGCCCCUGCACCGAGGAGCCUCAGCCAUCAACUGGACCCUGAUCCAGGGUGAUAAGAAAGCUGGCUUCUCGGUGUUCUGGGCCGACGAUGGCCUGGACACCGGACCGAUCCUGCUGCAGAGGGAGUGCGCUGUGGAGCCCAACGACACUGUGGACACACUGUACAACCGCUUCCUCUUCCCAGAGGGCAUCAAGGCCAUGGUGGAGUCAGUGCAGCUCAUUGCUGAUGGAAAAGCCCCUCGAAUUCCCCAGACAGAGGAAGGAGCGAGCUAUGAAGGCAUCCAGAAGAAAUCAAACGCCAAGGUUAACCUGGCCCAGCCAGCUGAGGCCAUCCACAACUGGAUCCGCGGCCAUGACAAAGUCCCCGGUGCUUGGACUGUCAUCAAUGGUCAGUCUGUCACCCUUUAUGGCUCGUCCAUGUUGGGAGGGUCAGCAGCAGCCGGUCAGCCCCUGGAGAUUGAGGGAGCGUCCCAGCCCGGCAUCGUCACCAAGAAUGGACUUGUCUUGUAUGGAACUGAUGGCAAAGCUCUCGUGGUGAAGAAUCUGCAGUUUGAAGAUGGGAAGAUGAUUCCUGCUUCCAAAUAUUUCUCCUCUGGAGAAAGCUCCAGCGUGGAGCUGACCGAUGAUGAGAAGAAGAUGGCAGAGGAGAUCAGGAACACCUGGAAGGGUAUCCUCAGCAAUGUCUCAGCCAUUGAGAACACCACAGACUUCUUCAAGUCUGGAGCCGCCUCCAUGGAUGUAGUCAGGCUGGUGGAGGAGGUGAAACAGAAGUGUGCUGGUGUCCAGCUGCAGAACGAGGACGUGUACAUGGCCACCACUUUCCAGGACUUCAUCCAGAUGUUCGUCCGCAGGCUUAGAGGAGAGGACCAGGAGGAGGAGCUGCUCAUCGACUACGCAACCAAAGAUGUGAACAACAUGACAGUGAAAAUGCCAUAUCAGUGCUUUAUCAACGGCGGUUUUGAGGAUGCAGAAAACAGCAAAACCUACGAUACUAUCAACCCUACUGACGGAUCGGUGAUCUGUAAAGUGUCCUACGCCUCGGUGGGGGAUGUAGACCGGGCGGUGGCUGCUGCAAAAGAAGCUUAUGAAAACGGGCCCUGGGGCAGGAUGAACCCCAGAGACAGAGGGAGUCUGCUUUACAAACUUGCAGACUUGAUGGAGGAACACCAGGAGGAGCUGGCCACCAUUGAGUCCAUCGAUUCAGGAGCUGUGUACACACUGGCCCUCAAGACACACGUAGGCAUGUCCAUCCAGACCUUCCGCUACUUUGCUGGCUGGUGCGACAAAAUCCAGGGCAAGACAAUCCCUAUCAACCAAGCCAGACCCAACCGCAACCUGACCUUCACUAAGAAAGAACCUCUGGGUGUGUGUGCCAUAGUCAUCCCAUGGAACUACCCUCUGAUGAUGCUGGCGUGGAAGAGUGCAGCCUGCCUGGCAGCUGGAAACACUCUGGUUCUUAAACCUGCACAGGUCACUCCACUGACAGCACUGAAGUUUGCUGAACUUUCGGUGAAAGCUGGUAUCCCAAAAGGCGUCAUCAACAUUUUGCCAGGCUCUGGCGGCAUGGUGGGACAGCGUCUGUCUGACCAUCCAGACAUCCGUAAGCUGGGCUUCACCGGCUCCACACCUAUUGGCAAACAGAUCAUGAAGAGCUGUGCGGUCAGUAACCUGAAGAAGGUUUCUCUGGAGCUGGGGGGGAAAUCGCCUCUCAUCAUCUUCAGUGACUGUGACAUGGACAAGGCUGUUCGCAUGGGCAUGAGCUCUGUGUACUUCAACAAGGGGGAGAACUGCAUCGCGGCUGGACGUCUGUUUGUGGAGGAGUCGAUACACGAUGAAUAUAUCAGCCGAGUGGUGGAGGAGAUCAAGAAGAUGAAGAUUGGAGACCCUCUGGAUCGCUCCACAGACCACGGCCCACAGAACCACAAAGCCCAUCUGGACAAGCUGCUGGAGUACUGUGAGAUCGGACUGAAGGAGGGAGCCACGCUGGUGUAUGGAGGCAAACAGGUGGACAGGCCAGGCUUCUUCAUGGAGCCCACUGUGUUCACUGACGUGGAGGACCACAUGUUCAUCGCCAAAGAGGAGUCUUUCGGCCCCGUCAUGGUGGUGUCCAAAUUCAAAAAUGGUGAUGUGGAUGGCGUGCUACAGAGAGCCAACGACACCGAGUACGGCCUGGCCUCAGGCGUCUUCACCCGCGACAUCAACAAGGCCAUGUACGUGAGCGAGCGGCUGGAGGCUGGAACCGUGUUCGUGAACACCUACAACAAGACCGACGUGGCUUCACCUUUUGGAGGCUUCAAGCAGUCAGGCUUCGGCAAAGACCUCGGAGAGGACGCCCUCAUGGAAUACCUCAAGACCAAAGCAGUGACUGUGGAGUACUGAGGCUCAGACUCUGCUAACAAACUCUGACCCACAUCUGUAUAGGAGAGGAACUUGUCAAUCUGCGUGGGUCAGAUAUCCAGCUUCGUUCAGCGUUCUUCCGGACAGGGUGUGGCUGUAUGAGAGACGGGAGAGCUUGGAUGUUGGUUUGGCCACAGGUUGGACAACGUGCCUGUCUUUUCUUUGCUUUCUGUGUGAGAAUUCACAUCAAUCUUGGACCACUGACAUGUGGGUGUUUUUACCUACUGGAUAUAUACUAUACACACAUCAGACCCCUAAGCUGGAUGCUGCUUUGCCCUAUGGGAGCUGAGCUGCUGCUGACUGUAGAUUCAAGCUGUUCAUUCAUUGCCAUCAACUGUCGUCAUUGAUUCUGUCCAUUGUUCCCUUGUGAUGCUGCCGUCACCAUUCCUUUAAUACCUCUUUGGGAGCUCUUUUAGUUCUUAGAUAAACUGAGCUGAAUGUGAAUGUUUUUAUGAUGAAGGGUGUGUAUGGAUGCUGCAGGUCCUCAUGGGCUCAGUGCGACCUGAGAACCAACCCAGGACCCACUGGAACCAUGUUUUAUCAUACAGUCAGUUGGGUCUGGUUUGGUUCCUGUUGUGUUAAACAUUAUGGGUAAUACCAGAACGGAUUCUAGAAGACCCAUCCGUGAUGUAAUCUGACUCACCGGAUGUAGGCCGCAGGAAUACACUAUCGUUCAAAGGUUUGGGGCCACUUACAAAUGUCCUUAUUUCUGAAAGAAAAUUAGUUUUUUCAAUGAAGAUAACAUUAAUGAAUGAUAAAUCCAGUGUAGACAUUGUUAAUGUGGUAAAUGACUAUUCUAGCUGGAAACAGCUGAUUUUUAAUGGAAUAUCUCCAUAGGGGUACAGAGGAACAUUUCCAGCAACCAUCACUCCUGUGUUCUAAUGCUACAUUGUGUUAGCUAAUGGUGUUGAAAGGAUAAUUGAUGAUUAGAAAACCCUUGUGCUGUUAUGUUAGCACAUGAAUAAAAGUGUGAAUUUUCAUGGAAAACAUUGUAGAAAUUGUUUGGGCGACCCUAAACUUUUGAACGGUAGUGUGAUCCUGCUAUUGGCUGCUAAAUUCAGACCCUUUUGUCCUUCCUUUCACUCUCUGUGAGUUGCCAUUUUCAAAACCUGGAUGUAUUUGAACUACUUUCCUGGCCAGGCACAGGGGAGAAACUACUUUGGUAGCUGUGAAAUCAGGGCUGAUCUGUUCAUUCAGGUCUGUCAUUUCUUAGUUCUCUGUGGGUCUAGGCCCCAGCUUUCAACUAGUAGACUAGCCUGAUUCAGUUCUUGGUAGUACAACCUCUGACAGAUACUUUUUGGGUUGAGCUUUGGACCAUCAAGUGCUGAACUUUAGACUUAACUGUUGAACCAUGAUGGAAAAAAAGGAUCAAUUACAUGUUGUAUGAAAUUACUCAUCGAAAAGAGAGAAGAAAUAAUCAUAGCUCAAGGUGCACUUCAUAGAUUUACAAGGAGCUUUGUCACAGUGUUUGUCAGCAGAUCAUUGUGAAAUGCGGUUGAACAUUUGGGAAAGAACUAUUAAGUUGACCUUGAGUUAAAAAGCAACUUAACUGUGAGCUGAAGAGCAGAGUUUCACAGAUUUUUAAACUGGUUGUAAAUUUUUAAGUACAUUUUAACAUCACUGCAACAAGAACAGACAACAAAAUGUUUUUUUCAGGAGGCUGUUAAGUUUUAAAUUCUUUGGUCGAAUUGCAAAUUUCCAAGGUAAACAUAAAAACAAACCAUCAUGGAAGAAGGGUAAAUAAUUCUUCUUCAUGAAGUCUUAAUGAGGACUGACUCUUGAACCAUGUUUUCUGUCAGAGACUUGAAACUUGAUACAGAUAAAAUGUGAUCACUUUACAUGAUAGGAUUUUAUUGUUAGGAUUAUAUUGAUUUUGAAUUAUUCCUAAACAUCCAGUGUUAUAGAUUUGGUUGCUCCAUGGCAUCACAUCACAUGCUAUGUCAUGAGGAAGUGAAGUUUCUUAGAUGUCAGAGUGUCCAUGAACACUCCAGCAUGGAGUGUUUUAAAGCACUCACUGGUCUUAAUGGCAUUACUACCUAAAAAGGGAAAAGAAAUUGAAUUGUGAUCCAUAAACUGCCUCAGUCGUGUUUCAGAAUUCUGGUAAUGGAUAGCGGGUUGUGAAAGAUGAACAGUCUUAUUUUUGGUGCCAUUCAAAAAGGGCAUGGACACACAAAAGCAUCUAUUGUUGUAAAAUACAGUAUUUAAUUCUCACCAUAGGGUGAGCCUUUUUAUUCUAUCUCCAUCUCACUCUCUGGUUGUUUACAUCAUAUUCUUGCAGCUGUGUGUUCAGACAUCCUCACUGUAGACAUUCUCUUCCCUCUGUCAACUUUCUUUGUAAAUAUUUUUUAACAAAAGAGGGAAAAAUGACUAUUUGAUAUAUUUUUGACAUGGUAUUUGUCAGACAGAGGAAGACUAUAUGUUAUAACACUAUAUUCAUUAAAGAUGCACCAGCUAAAUGUUUUUAUGCAUCACUAAUGUGACUAAGUAGUGAAAGUAGUUUUCUAUUUGUCCCACAUUGUCAGUGAAGGCAGCAAGGGCUACGAAGCAAGUGUUCUCUCUCACCCUUCAUGGAAAAGACGAGAGCUGUCCCCUCAAUAAACAGUGUGUCUUCAAUCAGGA